UUUUUGGUUAAACUUUUUCCGAGGAUCAAUGAAGGCAGCAGUGUCGGUUCAUCACACCUGAGCUGUACGUAACGUUACAGUGUACACAGACAAGAUGGCUGCUUCAUUGGAAGACGAAUUCGAAGAUGCGCCUGAUGUGGAGCCGUUAGAACCAACUCUGAAGAAUAUCAUCGAGCAGAAAUCUUUGAAAUGGAUAUUUGUUGGUGGAAAGGGUGGUGUUGGUAAAACGACGUGUAGCUGCAGUUUGGCUGUCCAGCUUGCUGCUGUCAGGGAGAGUGUCCUCAUCAUCUCCACCGAUCCCGCUCACAACAUCUCUGAUGCUUUUGACCAGAAGUUCUCAAAGGUGCCGACUAAGGUCAAAGGCUAUGACAACCUCUUUGCAAUGGAGAUUGAUCCGAGCCUGGGUGUGGCCGAGCUGCCUGAUGAGUUCUUUGAGGAGGACAACAUGCUCAGCAUGGGUAAGAAGAUGAUGCAGGAGGCCAUGAGCGCCUUCCCUGGCAUCGACGAGGCCAUGAGCUACGCAGAGGUCAUGAGGUUAGUGAAAGGAAUGAACUUUUCAGUGGUGGUCUUUGACACUGCCCCUACCGGUCACACACUGCGGCUGCUCAACUUUCCCACCAUUGUGGAGCGUGGUCUGGGCCGCCUCAUGCAGAUAAAGAACCAGAUCAGCCCUUUCAUUUCCCAGAUGUGUAACAUGCUCGGCCUGGGUGACAUGAACGCAGACCAGCUGGCCUCUAAGCUGGAGGAGACCCUGCCAGUCAUCCGCUCAGUCAGUGAACAGUUCAAAGAUCCUGAACAGACCACCUUUAUCUGUGUGUGUAUCGCUGAGUUCCUCUCCCUGUAUGAGACGGAGCGGCUGAUCCAGGAGCUGGCCAAGUGCCGCAUCGACACACACAACAUCAUCGUCAACCAACUUGUUUUCCCUGAAUCCGAGAGGCCGUGCAAAAUGUGUGAAGCUCGCCAUAAAAUUCAGUCCAAGUAUUUAGACCAGAUGGAGGACCUUUAUGAAGAUUUCCACAUAGUCAAGUUACCACUGCUGCCCCAUGAAGUUCGAGGUGCUGACAAGGUCAACACAUUCUCAAAGCAACUUCUGGAACCCUACAAACCCCCAAAUAAGUGAUCUCUCUCCAUGCGAACCUCCCCUCUCCCUCUUACAGACCACACCUUUACAGUCUGAACUUUUCCUUGGAGUCCCCCCCCCCCCCAAUACCUGCAGUAACGGCCUCACGUUGAUCCACUCAGUCCGUUGUCCAAAGCAGAGCACUGCUAAAGCAGGACACAUGCCCUUGUUGAAGGGGAGCUGAUGAAAUCACAAACACACCCAUACAUAACCUGCUAUAAUGUUAAAGAGGUAAGACAGUACAGAUUUGUGCUGCCUUACUCUCAGUUCACCUUCUCUUUCCUUCAUAUCCUGUGUGGCAGUUGUACUAUUCCUACUCAAAGCAUUUAACUUUCUCUCUACAA